AUGAAAUGGAAACAGAAUGCAUCUACUAUUGCUGGAGGACAUGGGCGUGGAAGUGAAUUAAAUCAAUUGAAUGAUCCUAGUGGCAUUUAUGUUGAUGAUGAUAAUCAUAGUAUUUAUGUUGCUGACCGCGAAAAUCAUCGUAUUGUUAGAUGGGAAUUUGGUGUAGAUGUUGGUGAAAUUGUUGUAGGUGGAAAUGGACCUGGAAGUGCAACAGAUCAAUUGUAUUAUUCACUUGAUGUAAUUCUUGAUAAACGGAAGAAAUAUCUCAUCAUUUGUGAUCAACACAACGUACGAGUGUUGCGAUGGUCUCUUCAAAAUAGUCAGGAUCAAGAAAUAUUGAUACAUAAUAUUGUUUGCUUCGGUUUAGCAAUGGAUAAUAAUGGAGAUCUUUAUGUCUCCGACUGGGUAGACCAUCAAGUCAGCCGUUGGCAAGAAGGAGAUACAGAAGGUAUAGCUGUAGCAGGUGGAAAUAAUGAAGAAAACCAUUUUAAUCAACUUAAUCGACCUUACUUUAUCUUUGUCGAUGAAUACCAUUCAGUCUAUAUAGCGGAUUAUAGGAAUAAUCGUGUGAUGAAAUGGAUGAAAACUGCAACUGAAGGUACUCUUGUUGCUCCAGAACAGGUUGUUGGAGAAAAUCCAAAUUCUUUAUGUGGACCGGAGGGUGUGAUUGUUGAUCAUAUGGGUAAUAUUUAUGUGUCGAAAGAUGGAAGUCAUCAAAUAACACGUUGGUCUCCAGGUGCAAUAGAAGGUGUUCCAGUCGUUGGUGAAAGUCAAUUGGGAAACAGACCCACACAGCUCAGUUAUCCUAGAGAUCUAUCAUUUGAUCGAGAAGGUAAUCUUUAUGUUGUCGAUACAAACAACAAUCGAAUACAAAAAUUUGUUAUUGAUAUUGACUGA